GUUUAAGUUAAACGUAGAUUUUGCGUGUUCUUCUUGUACAGUUGAACUCGUGGUUGUGGCCAUGAAUGCUAAGAGAGAGUUAAGUUAGAUAGACGCUGCAGUGCAGUGGGUGAGUGAUUCUAAUCCAAGAAAUCCUCCAUGUUCAUGUUUCUUCUCACACCACUUUCCUUCUCGAAUUCCUUAUUCCAUCACUUCCCGCGUGCAUUCAAAUACCCAACCACUCUCAAUCUCAAUCUCAAACGCACUUCUUCAAAGUUCAAUAAGUAUGUUGGUGGGAAUGUCAGUAGAAAGAAUUUAGCUAGUUUUAGCAGCACUGCCGUAUCUCAUGCGUUCGACGAAUUUCCACAACAACAAACUUAUGGGAGCUCGGAGGGAAUUGAUCUUCUUCAUACCAUGGAAAUGCGUGGAAUCCGUGCCAAUGUUCAGACCUAUCUAUGGCUUUUAGAUGGCUGUUACAAUUCUGGGUCUUUAUUAAGUGCUCAGAAGCUUCAUGGAAAGAUUUUGAAGUCGGGUUUUGAUUUGGAAAACGUUUUGUGUGACCGAAUUAUUGAUAUUUACAUGGGGUGCGGUGAUUUAGAUGGUGCAGUUAAGGUUUUUGAUGAAAUGUGUGACAGAAGUGUGUCUUCAUGGAAUAAAAUUAUUAAUGGGUUUGUGGUGAAUAAGUUGAGCGGUCGGGUAUUGGGUCUCUUUCAGCGAAUGACAGCCGAGAAUGUGAUUCCGGAUGAAAUGACAUUUGCUGGAGUUUUAAGGGCAUGUGGUGGCGGGAAUGUUGUUUUCCAGUAUGUGCAUCAGAUUCAUGCUAGGAUUACUUGUCAUGGUUUUGGUGCUAGCACGCGUGUAUGUAAUCCAUUGAUUGAUUUGUAUUCAAAAAAUGGGUUUAUAGAUUCUGCUAAAAAGAUCUUUGAUAGAUUAUGUUUGAAGGAUAGUGUUUCUUGGGUGGCAAUAAUGUCAGGCUUAUCACAGAAUGGACAUGAGAUAGAAUGUAUUUUCCUAUUCUGCCAGAUACAGACAACAGGAACUGCCCCUACUCCUUAUAUCUUUUCAAGUGUUCUAAGUGCCUGCACCAAGAUAGAGUUAUUUGAGGUGGGCAAGCAGCUUCAUGGCCUUGUUUUUAAGGUGGGAUUUUCAUCAGAAACAUAUGUGUGCAACGCUCUUGUAACAUUGUAUUCACGCUCAGGAAACUUUAUAUCUGCGGAACAGAUUUUCAGCACAAUGCAAAACAGGGAUGAGGUUUCAUAUAAUUCACUCAUCUCAGGGCUUGCUCAGCGUGGGUCUAGUGAUAGAUCUCUGGAAUUGUUUAAGAAAAUGCAGCUUGAUUGCUUGAAACCAGAUUGUGUGACGGUUGCAAGUUUGUUGAGUGCAUGUGCAUCUGUUGGAUCUCUUUAUAUGGGAAGACAGCUCCACUCAUAUGCAAUUAAAGGUGGAAUGUCUUCAGAUAUUAUUCUUGAAGGUUCUCUACUGGAUCUUUAUGUGAAAUGCUCAGAUAUAGAAACUGCCAGUGAAUUUUUCCUUACAACAGAGACUGAAAAUGUGGUCCUAUGGAAUGUGAUGCUAGUCGCUUAUGGGCAGUUAAAUAAUUUGAGUGAUUCAUUUGAGAUAUUUAGACAGAUGCAGAUUGAAGGCAUGAUACCCAAUCAAUUCACUUAUCCUAGUAUACUGAGGACUUGUACUGCUUUGGGAGCUCUUGAUCUAGGAAAGCAGAUUCAUAGUCAAGUUAUAAAGACUGGCUUUCAGCUCAAUGUGUAUGUCUGCAGUGUGCUUAUUGAUAUGUAUGCUAAGCAUGGAAAACUUGAUACUGCCCUGGGAAUCCUCAGAAAACUCACUGAGGAAGAUGUUGUCUCUUGGACAGCUAUGAUUGCAGGCUAUGUGCAACAUGAUAUGUUUGCCGAAGCUCUUAAACUUUUUGAAGAAAUGCAAAAUCGAGGGAUCCAAUCUGAUAAUAUUGGAUUUUCAAGUGCAAUCAGUGCAAGUGCCGGUAUUCAAGCACUCAAUCAAGGACGACAGAUUCAUGCUCAAUCUUGCGUCUGUGGUUACUCAGAUGAUCUUUCAAUUGGUAAUGCACUUGCUAGUCUUUAUGCUAGAUGUGGUAGAAUAGAAGAAGCAUACUUAGCAUUCAAGAAAAUUGAUGAUAAAGAUAAUAUAUCAUGGAAUGCAUUGAUAUCAGGGUUUGCACAGAGUGGGUACUGUGAGGAAGCACUGCAGGUAUUUACUCAAAUGAAAAAAGCUACAGUAGAAUUUGAUUUAUUCACAUUUAUCUCUGCAGUUAGUGCAGCUGCCAAUAUAGCAAAUACUAAACAAGGGAAGCAGAUCCAUGCUAUGAUUAUCAAAACUGGUUAUGAUUCAGAAAUUGAGGUUUCUAAUGUUUUAGUCACGUUGUAUGCCAAGUGUGGUAUCAUAGAUGAUGCCAAAAGAGAGUUUCAUGCAAUGGCUGAAAAAAAUGAGGUUUCUUGGAAUGCCAUGAUUACAGGAUAUUCUCAACAUGGAUUUGGUAUUGAAGCACUCGAUUUUUUCCAGGAGAUGAAAAAGCUUGGGGUGAUGCCAAACCAUGUUACCUUUGUGGGAGUUUUGUCAGCCUGUAGCCAUGCAGGUAUGGUGAAUGAGGGGCUUGGCUACUUUGACUCAAUGAGAAAAGAGCAUGGCUUAGUGCCUAAACCUGAGCAUUACGUAUGUGUUGUGGAUCUUCUUGGUCGGGCUGGUUUUUUGAUUCAUGCAAGGAAAUUUAUAGAGGAUAUGCCAAUUAAACCUGAUGCUCUGGUUUGGAGGACCCUCUUAAGUGCUUGUGUAGUUCAUAAAAACAUGGAAAUUGGAGAGUUUGCUGCCUGUCAUCUACUAGAAUUAGAACCUCAAGACUCAGCCACUUAUGUUCUCUUAUCAAAUAUAUAUGCAGUGACUGGAAAAUGGGACUCUAGGGAUAGGACAAGGCAAAGGAUGAAAAAUAUGGGCGUGAAGAAAGAGCCUGGCCGUAGCUGGAUUGAAAUUAAGAACUCAGUUCAUGCCUUUUUUGUUGGUGACCGUCUCCACCCACUAGCAGAUAAGAUAUAUGAAUACUUAGGAGAUUUGAAUAAACAAGCAGCUAAUAUUGGUUAUGUGCAGGACCGGUAUGCCCUUUUGAAUGAUGUAGAGCAAGGCCAUAAGGAUCCAACAGUAUAUAUUCAUAGUGAGAAGUUAGCAAUUACUUUUGGACUCCUUAGUUUGUCUAAUUCAAUUCCCAUACGUGUGAUUAAGAAUCUUCGUGUCUGUAAUGAUUGCCAUAAUUGGAUUAAGUACGUGUCAAAGAUUUCAAAUCGAGCUAUUGUAGUAAGGGAUGCAUAUCGUUUUCAUCAUUUUGAAGGUGGUACUUGUUCAUGUAGAGAUUACUGGUAAGUGUGACAUGAGAAAGUAUAUCAAGGGAAGAGGAGCUUCAUUGGAGCCUACAAAAUGCAUCUAUUGUCAAUGUAGGAUUUGUGCCCUCUAUUUAGGUUUCCUUUACCUGAAGAUUUUGGGAAGUGAACUCUUCUUCAGGGUUAUAUGGAUGGGUUUUGAAGACAUUUAUAUACUUUAUUUGCACAACCUCCAUGUCAGAGAAAGAUUGGAAGGACUACUUUAUUUGCACUGGACCUGAUUCAAUUCUGGUACCAGUGAUUGUGAAACCUGAAGAAGAUUGGAGACAAAGAAAGGCAUUUGGGCACCCUUGCCUAGCACAGCAUCAUCCCCUAGCUUAACCAGCUGCAUAUUUGGUGGAAAUAUGCUAGAAAAAUCAAAAUUUAGCGAAGGAAUGAAGUUCUAAUUUUGCCUAUCAGUUUUGGUGGAUGAAAGAGCAUGCAAACCAAAAGAGGACAUGCUAUGUCACUGAAUAAUUGUCACAUGCAUACACUGAUACAUGUGACAAUUACCUUCCUCCCCAUAUUGAGUGAAAAGGGGUAGAGGCUGGCCUAAAAUCCAUAAAUUCCAUCGGGCAGUGAGAGAGAGAGAGAGAACUUCAAUGAAAAGCUAAAACCCAAAUUCCAGCUGAUUAUGUUCUCCUUGACAAGUGAUUAUCAAAAACAAAUGUUCUCCUUGACAAGUGCGUCUGUGAGAUCAGCUCUCUUUGUCAACAGUAACUUCUUGAACAAGAAGACUUUACUACUGUGGGAGAAGAGCUGUGCAAGUAAUUUCAUGGAAUAAUGAUAAUUCUUCAUGGCAGUUUUUUGGAUGCGCAAAUUAUUGGUUUAAGCACAAAUUUUUUUUUUUUUUUUUUAAGGCUUCAAGAUUUUUGUGUGUAUGUAGCCACUUUAUAAGCAUUUCUAUAUGCCUCCUUUAAGGUAAGGCCUCUAAGGAAAAAAACAAAAAAACAAAUGUGAACUACCUCACAUCUUAAGUGAAAGUGACUUGUAAUGUGAAUUUCCAGGUUUUAAUAUUUAGUUGACGGUGGUUAUGACUUAUGGUUCUUUAUGUAGCACCAUCGGGGGUUGGUUGGUCUAGUGGUCAUAGGCUCACUCCUAUGGGUUUGGGAGGUGGAGGUCCCAAGUUUGAAUCCCAGGCUCAUGCUUACUAGUGUCCUCGAGGGGGCUAGGUGCACAGCUAUAGUUCAUCCAGAUCCCCUGCUCCUGUAGACCCGGGCAUGCAGUAAGGGAAAAGGACUUGCGUAUCUAACUUAGGACUUUUUAGGAUCUGCAGUUAGGGAAUGUUUUCCUUGCCUCUGUUAAUAGUUAAUGGUUGUAAAAUUAUUAUGGGCAGAAAAUGAGUAAAUGUAAUGACAAUGCUAUGUAAAGACUAUAACAAAUUAUGACAAUGUUUGAUAAUGUUUAAUAACUUGUGUGUUUGUUGGAUUAUGCAAAUCAUGAUUAUCAUUGAAAAUGUGUUACUUUCUGUACCAACAGCAGCACCUGCCGUGGGCUUUACUGACUAACAAGUUAUUUGAUGGCACCUAAGCCUAGGUCCUGGAAAGAGAGAGAUUUUAUUCAUCUGCCCUCCACCUGGAGGCAAGUCCAAGAUUAGAGAAAAAGAAAACUGUUCUCUUUCGGUCAUUGAAAGAAGCACAGAAAAUGGUCAACGUGAUUACUAGCAUCAAGGAGAGCCAUCCCUCUCUGGCUCUCCCCAUGUCCUUGUAACGCCAUCACUUAGGCACGGGAAGAGGUUUGGAGCCCCUUUAUCCAUUAAAACUAUGAACAUUGAAGAGACACUUUCAUGAUGUUAUGGUAUGUGAUUCUUGGAUAUCUGCAAA